GAGUCUUGGAAGGUGUGGUCUAGCAAAUGCCGGCUAACCAAACAAAAUAAAGCGGAAUCGAUUGGUAACUGCCCUAGUUCAAAUAGUAGCCCCGGCCUUUCAAGAGUUUUUAUUCCGGUAGGAUUUCUUUGCAAAAAAAUUAAGACCCAGCUUUAUCAAAAUGUCUAACGGCAAUUGGAAACCAUUUAUUUUCGGUGGUCUGGCUUCUGUUACUGCAGAGUGUGGAACAUUUCCAAUCGAUCUGACCAAGACCCGUCUACAAGUCCAGGGCCAAGUAGGUGAUAGCAAAUAUAGAGAGAUCCGCUACCGGGGCAUGCUACACGCCAUCAGCAAGAUCUGCAGAGAGGAGGGGCUCAGAGCACUGUACUCGGGUAUUGCUCCUGCAAUGUUGCGUCAGGCAUCCUAUGGGACCAUUAAAAUAGGGACCUAUCAGAGUUUCAAACGACUACUGGUGGACAGACCUGAGGAUGAGACACUGGUGACUAACGUGUUGUGUGGUGUUCUGUCUGGGGUCAUAUCCUCUUCCAUUGCCAACCCUACUGACGUCCUGAAGAUCCGUAUGCAGGCCCAGGGCAGUGUGAUCCAGGGGAGUAUGAUGGGGAACUUCAUCAACAUCUACCAGCAGGAGGGAACACGAGGACUGUGGAAGGGCGUGUCUCUAACGGCUCAGAGAGCAGCCAUCGUGGUGGGAGUGGAGCUGCCUGCCUAUGACAUCACCAAGAAGCAUCUGAUCAUGUCGGGUCACAUGGGUGACACGAUCUACACACACUUCCUGUCCAGUGUGAUGUGUGGUCUGGCGGGAGCUCUGGCCUCCAACCCUGUAGACGUGGUCCGCACACGCAUGAUGAACCAGAAAGGAGGAGCCCUGUAUCAGGGAACACUAGACUGUAUAGUGCAGACGUGGCGGUCAGAGGGCUUCAUGGCACUCUAUAAGGGAUUCUUCCCCAACUGGCUCCGUCUAGGACCAUGGAACAUCAUCUUCUUCAUCACCUACGAGCAGCUGAAGAAGGGUCUUGAGGUCUAAUGGACAGAAUGAGUUUAUAGGUGAGGGGAGAACAAGACCUCUGCAGAGAAUGGAACAAAGACCAAAUAAGUCCAGACAGAUGUGUAUGGAAGAUGAAUCCCCUGGACUGAAUGUCUGUGGCUCUUCUUGGCAUAUGUGCGAAAACAUCCAGUAGGUCCUCCAAUCCGACUGGUCUACAGGGUUCACAUAGCAUGGAGAUGCACACCUGUGUGCCAACACGUCCAAACUCAAACUAUCUCCAACCUCAGUCUUCUGUGGACUAUACCCCCUUGACUGGAUCCGUUGUUCUCAUUUGCUGCAGUCCCAAAGAAGUACAGUAGUGAGGAAGUUAAAGAAAGAUGCUAAGUUCAAUGUUGUAGCUUGACCAAGGGACUUCAUGUUAAUAAUGCCGAUAUAAUGUGUGUUAAAUGACUGGGGCUACCUUCACAGUAAAAUGCCACCCUGUCCUGAGGGUUUUCCAUUUCCCCAAAGGGCACUGGGGGACACUGACCCAAUAGCAAGACUUAUGUCAGAUUGAUGACCUGUGGUGACAUUUAUACUGCUCUAUGUUCCACUCAGCUGGUGAACAUUAGCAGUACACUAAGUGCCUUAGUAUAUAUACAUUUACAUUUAUUCAUUUAGCAGACGCUUUUAUCCAAAGCGACUUCCAAGAGAGAGCUUCACAAAGUGCUUAGGUCACUGAUAAUAACAACAAGAUUGCCCCACAGCAUUGCGGGUAGUCAAAAACAAGAAGUACAUAUUGUGAACAACCAAAAAAUAGUGCUAAAGGGAAGAAACCAUAAGAGCAUGUAGUUAAACAAAGAGCACGUAGUUAAACAAGUAUAUGACACUGCUGAGUACCCAAGUUGUGAGAAACAUAUUUAAAGACUGUUCUUUGAAUACUUUAUCAAACUUGCUAAUCAUUAUGAAAGCUCAACAUCAUCCAUGAGUUGUUCUAGAUUCCCUUGGGUGUUAAUAAUCUGAAGAAACACUGCCCAACCUAUUUUUUAUGAUGCAUCGUGUACACCUACUUUGCUUUGAGUGUGUCGUGAUUGGACAGACUCUACUCUUACAAACCAUUUACUAUAGCGCCAGCUGUAAAUGAAGUUUGAAGAUCAGAGGACAGGUGGCCACACACACCUGUUUGGGGUUUCCAUUUGUUUGUUCCCUGUGGGUGACGGGUUGGAGAUACCCAUAUUGGUCCGAACAAGAUGUACAAACUGAGGGUGUAGGUCAGAUAUAUUUAACCCAACACAGCGUGACACACAGCCCCAGUAGCCCUCACCAUCUAUUAAUGGAACAGGCGUGUGCACACCCACACACCCACACAUUCAGAUGCCAGAUAUUAUGUUGAAUCAGUUAGGAUUUACAUUUCUAUUAGGGUUGGCCAAGAUGGUCGGGAAUUACCUCUUCUGUAAAUCCCCCUACUACAGUAAGGGUGGCAACUUUUAAGGGUACUUGGCUGGCUCUCCAAUAGGCUUUUUGGCCUGUUAUGUUACUUUUCCUUUGCAACGUUAUGCUUUGUAAGAACAUUUUAAAACAAAGUAAUUUCAUUACUUUUUUUUAGCUGCAAAUGCUGCAUAAUGCUGCAGUGCCCUUUUUGUUAUGUACUAGUUAUUCAGUUGUAAAGGUGGAUCUAUUUCAUUAAAUAAAAU